UUACAUGCAGCAAAGAAGCAAGUCUUCAGCAAUUCAUACCGCUCAAUACCGAGGGCGGAGUCAUCGUUAAGUGAGGUUCGGUUGUGCCAGUUAAAGAGUCAUUGCAAGAGGAACAAAUAUGUAAACAAUUUGUACUGACUCAUUUUUACAUUUUUUUUUCUCUCGGAAAUGAUCACGCCUGGAGUUCUGUACACCAAGCCAGCUUCAAAUGAACAGUGCAUUUUGAGGUGUCUGUGUUUUGUCAGUGUGUCAAAGCCCAUUGCAAGAGGGACAAAUCUGUAAACAAUUUGUACUGACUCGUUUUUAUAUAUUUUUUUUCUUUCGGAAAUGAUCACGCCUGGAGUUCUGUAUACCAAGUCAGCUUCAAAUGAACAGUGCAUUUUGAGGUGUCUGUUUUUUGUCAGUGUGUCAAAGUCCGAAACAUGUGAAUGCGAAUCAGUCCUAUGCAGCAACAUUACUCCGUGAAAUGGCCGGCUGUUUGCAUGUCGCCGCUACAACAACAGUGAUGGUGACAAAAAGUGUUGACAAACCAACGGGAGAAAGUCGUAAGACACGAAAGCCAUUGAUGGAGAAGAGGAGAAGGGCGAGGAUCAAUAAGAGUCUGAAUGAACUCAGAAAGCUGCUCCUGGACGGAAACACGAACAAGACGGAGGGUUCGAGAUCAGCCAAACUGGAGAAGGCAGAUAUCCUAGAAAUGACCGUUCAGCAUCUGCAACAGCUUCACGAGCAACAGAAGCAACGUAAGCAGCAAGAGGCAACACCUGAAACUGGAGAGAGGGCAUCGACAAAACAGCCUCGAACAUCGCCGGAAUCUAGCAUUGCCUCAAACAAAAGUCGCGUUAGACCGAAAUUUGAAUAUCAAGAAAAAUGUAGCCCACUUGGCCAGCGCAAUCUCCCAUCAACAGUGCCAAACUGUUGCCGGAAACAAUGCCAACAAACGGCAAGAACAAAAACACAAGGAAAUGUGAUGUCUGAUGUGCAGAAAGGAUCCUACGAAGGUUCCUCAAGUCUAAAAUUCCGUGCAGGAUUCAGGCAAUGUGCACAAGAAGCACAGGAAGCCCUGAACCAUUUUCAUGAUAUCGAUCCUGCUGUUUGUGAAAGGCUAUUGAGCCAUCUGACUUCAUGCCUUGACUCUCUAGAAAACGGCAGAUAUGAGACAGUGGCCAGCACACAGAACACCAUGCCAGAAGACGCUCGAGUGCUUGCGUCAUCUGUCCUCAUUCAAACACCAACGGGACUGGCCCUCGUGCCAACAAAAUUACCAAAUGGAGAUCUAGCCUUUGUCAUUCCUGCUUAUAUAAAAAGUAGUCUAACAUCUUGUCUGAACAAUGAAAAUGCACAGAACUGUCGUUUAAACUAUGAACUUGGGGAAAGUAAGCAUUUGCAAGAAGGUGUGGUAUGGAGACCGUGGUGACUAGGAGCAAGCGUAGUCCUGUGAUAAGCACCAAAAAUAUUACUUGUUAAUGUGAAUUUACGUGAUUUAGAGUUUCAAGAUAAGUGAUGGAUAUGGACACAGUGAUUAAAUUUAAAUAAAAAAUAAGUGAAAAUACAGGCAGACAAAUUUUUAAGUAUGUGGGUAACCUUCAAAGAUGUUUGUAUACAUGUUUUCUAUACCAAAGGAGCAGAGUCGCAUAUCCUUGUUGAGUUCAAUGUGCAACUCUUCUCCUUUGAUAUACAAAACAUACAUACACCAACAAUUUUAUUAUGUAUAAACAUAAUUAUACUAUAUUAGAAAACAGCCAUGAAAAUUAUAAUAUCCAAAAAGAAACAAUACACAUAUUAAAAACAGCGAUAGAACAAAAUUAUUUCCAAGUUGACCAGGAGUAGUAUAAAUAAAUCUACGGGUCAGCCACAGGAGCCCCAACAUCAUCAAUACUAGCAGAAACAUAUAUACGACACGAGCAGCAUAUAUAAAUAUACCGAAUUCUAAUAAAACAACAAAUAAUCGCAUACAUUAAAUAUGUCAAUGACAAACUAUAGAUAUAUGAACAAAACAAAAUAAUCAUAGAUCACAUACUUAAAGAAUUUAACAAACUACAAUCACCCAUAAAUUUCAUUACAGAAAAAGAACAACGCGAACCUAUUAACUUCCUAGUUUUCACAAUACAUCGUAAUGACAAAAAUUUACAAUUUUCAAUGUAUCAGAAACCCAUGAAAACUGACAUAAUAUCAAAUAGCCCAUACCAUCCAUAUGAGCGUAAAAUAUCAGGCAUUAACUACUUAUUAAAUUCAUUACACAUGUAUCCAAUAAAAGAAAAAGCAGAAGUACACCAUCAAAAACAUACUGCACAAUAACGAGUUGAUAAAAAUUUAAUUAGUAAACCACCCUCCACAAAACAAAAACAAAAUGCACAUGAUAAUUUGCAGCAUAAAGAAAAACAAGGUGGGGUAACCUUUACAUAGAGUGGCAAAGAAGGGAAUAUUUUUUCAGGUCAUGUGAGUAAAUACAACCUUCCACACAUUUAAUAUAAGAUAAAAUAUAUUAAAGCCUCGACCACAAACAGAUAAAUACUGGAUGUUCUAAACUAAACUACAAAAUAGAAUUACAAGAAUGUCAGCUGUAACAACAUGUGCUUUCCUGUAAACAAUACGAUUCUGUAAGUAGUUUAAUAGAUGGAAAGAAAAUAAUUCCCUAAUGCUGUAUACUACCUGGUAACACAUUUAAGUCUGGAAGAUUAGAUGGCAAGAAUGCAAUCUGUUGUCUAUCACACCGAAAUACAUAUCUAACUUACAAAUCACUUGCCAUCAUUCUUCAUGCUAUAACACAUACUCUACACACAACUGUGCACAUUUUACAGUGCCACUGAACAGGAUUGCCAGCUUAAAACCAAUGACAACAUGUGUUUCAUGCAAACAAGAUAUGUAUAUGAAAGGGGAAAGUUUUGAAUCCAUUGAGGAUGAAUGGAAAUAUUAACAUUCUUGAAAACACUACAAAACCUCACUACACUUCACUGUAUAUAUUACACACAAAAAUAUAACGUCACACUAGAAAAUUUAAACUUCACUUUACACUCGACAUUACUGUGACCAAAACAACAUACAUUAUACCCACCACACUCUGUCACACAUAGAUAAGAUAUAAAUUCAAAAAAUAACUUCUUCAAGGGGAACUAGAAAUUAACUUUGCACCCUCUUCUUAGAAGUACUUAUAAUAAAAAAAAGUAUAACAUUCCGAUUAAUAACCUAGUCACACGUGAAAUAUUCAGAGGCUACAUACCAAAACUACAAAUUUUUCUGUCAUACCAAAUAUGAACUCAUAAAAUCUAACUCACUCUCUAUCUAUAUAACCACUAAAACACAUUUUGUGCAAAUCCCUAUACAUUCGUCACACGAGAUUAAUAUUAAUGCAAGAACAACCUCAAAGACACACUGUCUUUCACUACACAUCCACUACUAUUAUAUGUACUUACUUUCAU